UGAUUAAUUAAGUGAUCAUGGACAUGGAUGGGUCGAUUGAGACGAGAAGGCAUUUGCCCAGAUACCGCAAUGCAUCUCGACUCACAAUCGUCGCGCAUUUGUUCGGCUCUUUGGCCUUCUUUCUUAUGCUCGUUUGGUUGCUGCAUUUUCGUGAAGGCAUCGAAUAUGACUCUGACAACCCAGCUCGUGUUUUUAACACGCAUCCCUUUCUCAUGUUCUGCGGCUUUAUUUACCUUGUUGGCCAAGCAAUGAUGGUAUACAAAACGUUGAUAAUGUGGGAUCAUAAGGUACAGAAGAUUGCACACAUGGUACUUCAUCUCAUGGCGUUGUGUCUGGGGAUUGCUGGAAUAUGUGCUGCUUUCAAGUUCCACGACAUGAGAGGCAUUCAGGAUUUGACCAGUCUGCAUUCAUGGAUUGGGUUGAUAACCUUCUGCUUGUUCGGUCUUCAGUGGUUGUUUGGGUUGUGGACAUUCAUGGUGGGGAGGAUGGAGGCGAGAAGAAGGGCAAUAAUGUUGCCAUGGCAUGUGUGCGGAGGGAAGGGAUUGUUUAUGAUGGGAAUAUGUGCAGCUCUGACGGGACUCAUGGAGAGACAAACCAUUUUGGCUGGAGGAACUUCCAGUCAAUCUGAAUUUCGUUUGAUCAACUUUUUGGGCCUCUCCAUUCUCAUCUUCGCCAUCUUUGUUGAUCUCACUGUUUCUCUUGCUCGCUAUGUUUAAUUCUCAUGAAUUCAACCUUGUUUAUGUAUAAUUUUUAUGUGUUUUCCCGCCGCCUCUGGUGGUUUUUUUUUUUUUUCUUAAUGAUCUUUGUUUAUGUAUGUUUGUAA